AAUAGAUAUAAGUAAAUAAUGAGGAUUAAGAGAGCUAAUAAUCCUCCAAGCUAAGCAGUAACAAUGAGUGUCAUCUCUGUAGUCUUCUUCGUGAGUUGUCCAUGAUUUAAACACAAGGUAGAGUUAGUUAUAUUUCUGCUUCACAAUGUAAUUGGACAGAGGCGCCAUCUUAGUUUUGUCUUUGCGCUAUCGUCUGCCGAGGUUAAUGAACGACUUAAAAGAAGAAUUACGAGAUAAGAAAAACAGCCAACUGGAUUAUUAUUUACAUUCGAUAAGAGGAAGGAAUUCCUUACUUUGUUAUUUAUUCUUCGUCAUUUGUCUGUGCUUUUUUGAAGGUGAUUUAGGGUUUAUUAUUUCAUAAAAAGAAUGUAAUUAUAAACGCCAUGACGACAAUGGGGAAGAUGCCGACGGUCAUCUUAAUAACGAAGAUGAUAAUUCGAGAAUGAAUCCAGGCUAGUAAUUUCAGCAUAAUUGUGGAUUUUGUGGACAUUAUCUCUUUUGUAUUCUCUAAGAAGAUUAGAAAAAUCUAGGAACAAGCAUCCAAGGGAACGAUCACUUAACCAAGAGACAUUUAACAUACACUGACCAAAGAAACAAGAACGUAUUAAGUGUUUGCUUUAGAACUUGGCUUUGAAGCGUUUGGGAUUUUUCGGAAUUUUACUAAUUUUAAGAAGGAAAGUUCUAUAAGUGGAAUUUACAAAAACAAGAAAAAAUUCGAAAGGUGAAUAAAUUAUAACAUGGGAAAUGUGAAUGGCCAAGGUGCCACUCUUGUCGAUACAGAUUUGUCCACGACUGAAAGAUCAACGAAAAACGAAGUAGAGCCAGAAAAAACUAACUUGAGCCAUUUGUGCCUGAAAUAUGAAGCUCGUUGCAUGCCGGACGGAAUUCGAUCGUUUCUCCCCAAAAGCCCUAUCAUUAAGAAAGUUGAUCAGCGCCUGUUGGUGGGACGCAGUAAGAAUGCAGACGUUUUCCUCAAUGAUCAAUGCAUGUCGAGGAAUUACAUUGAAAUAUGGGCGGCGAGCAACGACUCCCAAACAUACUUUUUGAAGAACGUUAGCCAAAAUAAAUCUGUUCAAAUAGACGGCAUUUCCCUUCGGUAUGGAGAACUGGGAGUACUCAGAGAUAAAUGCGAAUUAGUCCUCGACUACAUUACUUUCGCUGUCAGCGUGAAACCAGGAGAUGAAGAUGGUGAGUAUUAUAUACUGAGCACAGAGUGCUGUGAUGACAUCGGCAACAGACACGAUAUUUAUACGAUUCGGGGAGAUUUACUCCCUACUCAAGAGCUGUUCACCGGUUUCACGUUGAUCCCAGGUUAUCCAAUCUCUUGUAAAAGUGGUAUGUCAUUUAAAUUGGUAAACGGAAAGAACCCUAUGUCUACCAGCCAGAACGGUCAAAUUCUUGGCCAAUUCCCGUCCAUUUCUCCGAAAUCUUCAUUCGUUCCAAACAACACGGUUAGCGUUGGCUCGUUGACUUCGCGAGUAGAGUCUAGUCAAGUUUACAACUUUACCACCCCGAUUCUGUCUGCGUCGAGUCCAGAGGAACUUUAUCAUAUUCGUCAUCCUGAAGAACAUUCUAUGUCUCAGGAAAAAGUUAGGCGUUUUCCUUCUGAAGGAUUAGAUAUUCCAAUGAACGAAGGCAAAGGACAAAUUGAUUAUUACAAAAAUACUGAACAUUAUUAAAAACAAAACACAUUUUAAAUGAAUUUUUAACAAAAAAUUUAUUUCAGUUCUUUUCUCUCUCUCUCUCUCUUUCUCUCUUCUCUCUCUCUCUCUCGCCUUCCUUUUAUUUCUCUUUUCCUGUUUAUAAAUAAAUAAAUAAAUAAAUAAAUAAAUAAAUAAACAAUCUAUAUACAUAUUUAUCUAUUUAGCUACCUAACUACAUAUUAGCCGAUAUAUCGAACUAUCUACCACAAUUUCAUAUUUGUAAAUCGCUUUCUUUCAAUUUGUAUAUCUUCCUCUCUAUCGUUCUGUAUAUAUCGAUCUAUUUAUCUAUUGAUCCUGUAAAAUUUUGAAGAGAUUGGGUUCUAAAAUAAAAUCAACUUUCUGAAGA